UUUCACAUACGUCGAAGAAAUGACAGUCAUCAACGAUGAUGUUUCUUGAACAACAAAUAGCACCCUUAAAUUAUUCAAAUGGAAAACCGCGAUAGAAUGGCUACUUGUGUUAGCUGCCAAGAAAAAUUCGAGAGAAAAUACAUGUUAGAAGGCAGAAACAAUGUAUUAUAUUGCACAGAGUGUUUCAAAAGACUGUUCCUCACAGCAUCUGGAGAUUCUAGAUCUAGGCAGACAGGUGAUAUGAAAGACAAGAUGUUUCCACAUCCAGAAAUUCUAUCGUACCACAAUAGAAGAUCUUCGCCAACGAAGAGUACCAGUUCCAGUAUCAUAUCUCUCUCGAAAAGGCCUCUUCAGUGUCCCAAGGCCGAUUGCAACAAGUUUGUCUCUUUGUUCACGCUGGAAUCGCACUUCAAGUACGAGCACAAGGAAGUGCCGAUAAUUCUCACGCAACUGGACGCCAGAAGCGCUUUGGAAUUCUAUCCGCAGGACAUCAGAUACGGUGUCACCCAGUGCAUUGUUCUGCUGAACGUCGUCAACCACGAUUUUUCCGACGUACUGCCACAAACCAGCUGCUACUGUAGCAAAACUAACCUACAAUCGUCCGAUGUCAAGCCUGUCAUGGUGCUGCUAGCAGGAAGAAUAGCAGCUUGCCACCUGAACCAUAUCGACGAUAAAAAAUACCAGCCGAGCUCCGACGAUGACCUAGCAGACACCGAUGAAGAGGAAACCAUAAUAUCUUCCGGGACUUACGUAGAGGCAACACCGCACAUUCUGGGCAAACACGACAAAAUCGUCAUCUGGGUUGCAUCGAACGUCAUCACGAAUCUGAGCUACACCGUUGCCGCUUCCACGCUGUCGAACAAGAUCCGGCAGAAAUUUUUCGGGCCCAUACUGGCGCUAGGAGACGGUCCUGUCGACGUGUGCAAAGCAGGGACGGGCCUGAUUCUGACCCACUAUCACGUCAACGGCAUGUCCGAGAAUGGAUCGAAGCCAUUGGCCGUGGACGUUGUUAUACAUAGUCAGGAUUGAACAGCGAAUGCUAUUAUUGAUGGUUACUCAUACAUUUUGAAGAAAUUCUACGAAAUAACUAGUGGAAUAUUUUUGUGAAAAUAUACUUUAUACUCA